AUGAUAUCAACAAACACAGAGGUGUCUACAGCAAAUUUGACCAACACACUGCCAAGUUAUGAUGAAGCCGUUCAUGUAAAUUGCACUGAUGACAUCCAUGCAUUCAUGAAAUCCUACCUGCCGGCCUUUUAUGGUGUGAUCUUUUUCAUUGGCUUCCUGGGCAACAUUAUGGCACUGUGGGUGUAUACUUUCAAGAUGAGGCCCUGGAAAAGCAGCACUGUUAUCAUGUUCAACUUGGCCUGCACAGACCUACUGUACUUAAUUAGCCUUCCUUUCCUGAUUCACUACUACGCCAAUGGAGAACACUGGGUUUUCGGAGAUUUCCUGUGCAAGUUCAUCCGCUUCACCUUCCAGUUCAAUCUGUACAGCAGCAUACUCUUUUUAACCUGCUUCAGCAUCUUCCGAUACUUUGCAAUUGUCCACCCAAUACGGUGUGUCCUUGUUCGAAAAAAGGGAUGGGUUAUUGUGGCAUGUUGUGCAUCUUGGCUAAUUUCACUGUUAGCUGUGAGCCCUAUCAACUAUUUUAUUACCCCAAAAAACCACGAGAACAAAUCUAUGUGUCUUGAACUCUCUCGUUCUGAUGAUGUGGAUGUUAUCAGGUGGUAUGUCUGGCUUUUAAGUGGCUUAGCCUUCUUCUUGCCUUUAAUAACUGUAUCUCUCUGCUACAUUGCCAUAAUCUAUACCUUGGCAACAGGACUCCACACUCAAAACCGUUAUAAACGAAAGGCUCGCAACCUUGCCUUUCUACUUCUGUUAGUCUUUUAUGUGUGCUUCCUACCAUUCCAUGUCUUUAGAAUAAUUCAGAUUGAAUUAAGAAUACACCGAGUGAGGUGUGAUGUUGAGACCCAUGUUCAUGCUAUGUAUGUUGUCUCCAAACCGAUGGCUGCCAUGAAUACAUGCUGCAAUUUAUUGAUUUAUGCCGUGAUCAGUGAUAAUUUCCAACAAGCCAUUCAGUGUCUCCUACGAUGGAAGUCAAGCAACAUAAUACAACCAAGAGCAACUGGUACUGAUUUCAAAAAGACUGAAAUAUUCAAGUUAUGACCUAAUGCAUUUCUCUUUAGGACACCCAGCUCUGAUUUUCCCCUAAUGAAAAAGUUGCCUUUAUACAGAGAGAUUAUUGAAUGAGUAAAAUGGAUCCAUUCAUGAGCUUUUGAAAGAGCAUGGAAAUCAUAAAUGUCUUCAUUCAGAAAUAUGAAAUGCUCUGUGUUGUCAAAGGCUUUCAUGGCCAGGAUCACAGGGUUGUUGUAUGUUCUAGAAACAUGGCCGCACAGCCCGGAAAACAUACAACAACCAUGAAAUGCUCUAUUUGGCCCAAGGGCCCCCCAGGGACUUUGCUUUAAAAUUUGUAUUAAAAUGUUGUUGCAUACUCCUCUUCCUCUGUGCCUAAUCAAAGGAGACACAGAAGAAUAACAGCACAUUAAACAAUUGACAGCAAAUUGAGAUACUGUGGAGGGCCGGGCUGUGACGCAACUGGUUAGUAGCCAGCUGCAUAAAUCACUAUGACUAUGAGGUCAUGAGUUCGAAGCCAGCCCGUGUUGGAGUGAGCACCUGACCAUGAAAAAAUAGCCCUGCUCGUUGUUGACCUAAGCAACCCGAAAAAUAGUUGCAUCUGUCAAAUAGGAAAUUUUGGUACCACUUAUGCGGGGAGGCUAAUUUAACUAAUUUACGACACCAUAAAAAUUGUCCAGCAGUGUUUGGAAUGAGGAAGUAUCCAUCAAGGACUCGGUGCCACACUGGAUGAUGAAGCAGCUGCUCCCCCUGUGGCCGAAAUCGAGCAUACCCCCAGUAAGCUGGAAUCUGGAGUAUGUUAAAUUGCCUCUGUGUCUCUGUCUCCAUGUUCAUAUGGCAUCGAAUGUUUGCCAUGUAUGUGUACAUUGUGAUCUGCAUUGAGUCCCCUUCGAUGUGAGAAGGGCUGAAUAUAAAUACUAUAAAUAAAUAAAUAAAUACU